AUGGGCACCAACGGCACGGUCGACACCGCAACCUUCACCGCCAACUACACGACCAGCAGCCUCAUCGGCGAGAAGCUCAUGACGCACUUCAACCUGCAGUCCAGCGGCAAGGCCAGCGACAUAGCCAAGUGGCACAACAGCAUCCAGGAGCUCGCGCUGCAGACGCGGCUGGGCAUCCCCAUCACCCUCGCCACCGACCCGCGCCACUCGUUCGCCGAGGUGGCCGGGGCCGCCGUGGGCGUCGGCUCCUUCUCGCAGUGGCCCGAGACGCUGGGGCUGGCGGCGCUGCGCAGUCCGGACCUGGUGCAGCGCUUCGGCGAGAUAGCACGUGAGGAGUACAUGGCAGUGGGCAUCCGGCAGGCGCUGAGCCCGCAGAUCGACCUCUCGACGGAGCCGCGGUGGGCGCGCACGGGGCAGACGUACGGCGAGGACGCCAACUUGACCAGCGCCCUCGUAGUGGCCUACCUCAAGGGCUUCCAGGGCGACAAGCUCGGCCGCCACUCCGUCACCACCGUCACGAAGCACUUUCCCGGCGGCGGCCCGGCCAAGAACGGCAACGACUCGCACUUUGAGACCGGCAAGGACAAUGUCUUCCCCGGCGGCUACUUUGAUUACCAUUUGGAGCCCUUCAAGGCCGCCAUCGCCGCUGGCGCGAGGCAGAUGAUGCCGGCGUAUGCUCGCCCAAUUGGCACCAAGUACGAGGAGGUUGGCAUGGGCUUCAACAGGGGCAUCGUGACUGAGCUGCUGCGCGAGGAGCUCGGCUUUGACGGCAUCGUCGUCAGUGAUUGGGGUCUCGUCACCGACUUCACCGCGCUGGGCGAGGACAUGGAAGCCAUCUCGUGGGGCGUCGAGAACCUGACGGAACUGCAAAAGGUUGAAAAGAUUCUCAACGCCGGCGUCGACCAGCUGGGCGGCGAGAUCCGGACCGAGCUGGUCAUCCAGCUCGUCAACGAUGGCAUCGUGCCCGAGUCGCGGCUGGACGAGUCGGUGCGGCGGUUGCUGAAGGAGAAGUUCGAGCUCGGCCUCUUCGACAACCCCUUCGUCGACCCGGAAUCCGCAGACCGCGUCGUCGGCAACGACUACUUCAGCCGCAUCGGCAACGAGACGCAGCGCCGCGCCUACACCCUCCUCAAUAACCCGGACGACCUCCUCCCGCUCCCACUCAACACCGAAACCAAAUUCUACGCCGACGGCUUCAACGCGUCCUACCUCCUCGCCCGCAACCUUAGCGUCGUUGACGCCCCCGAGGACGCCGACUUCGCCCUCCUCCGCCUCUCCACCCCCUACGAAGCCCGCGGCGGCGGUUUCGAGAGCCACUACCACCAGGGGCGGCUCGACUUCAACGAGACAGAAGUCGCCCGGCAUGCCGCCAUCAUGUCGGCCGUACCGACCAUCGUCGACAUCUACCUGGACCGGCCCGCCGUGAUCCCCGAGCUGGCCGAGGGGUCGGCCGCGCUGCUGGGCAAUUUCGGCGCGAGCCCGGACGCAUUCCUCGACGUUGUUUUUGGGACGGAUGGGUGGAAGCCAGAGGGCAAGCUGCCCUUCGACCUGCCGCGGUCAAUGGAGGCGGUCGAAGCACAGCUGACGGACGCGCCGUUCGAUACUGCGAACCCCGUGUACCGCUACGGCCAUGGGCUGAGCUAUGCCGAGAAGUGUUGA